AUGUCGACGCCGCAUGGCCAGGCGCCGCCCUCGGUGCAUCGUGCAUCGCGGUCAAUUCCGUUCACCCCUGGCCGUGCGAAUAGUCGCGGCGCGGCUAUGAGUGCGAAGCAAUAUGACCGGUAUCUUCGUCGGCUAUCGGCCGUCGAGCACUCGACACGACGCGUCAUGGGCGCUGCUCGUCAUACGCCCUCAAGUGCCUUGCACGAGGAAGAGGAAACUACGCCGAUCGCUCGAACGCCCUCGCAUAUCAGGCUGCCACCUAUGAUCCAGAAACUCGAUCGCGGUCCUUCACCCGUGCCACCGCCCGUGCCUGAGACUCGAGCCAUGUCAUCGGAAUCCUACCUCGACGAAGCCUCGUUUGUUCUCAACCCACUGAGUGGACGCCUGCCUCCCUCCCGCAAAGAGCCCCAGACGCUCGAAGCAUCGCACCAUGUCCCAAGCUUGGCGCUGGCGGACACGACUCUCCAGGACGUGCUCCUCGUGGAAGACUUGCUGUACGUCUUGAUUGGCAUCGAAGGCAACUAUGUCCAAUACGCCCCUGACUUCAAGCCCGACGAUCUCGGUCACAGGCUGAAUGGCGCCCGUUACGUGAUCGAUGCCGCACUGAACCCAUCUAUUCGUGAACUUGUCGAACGCAUCCUGCCGCUCGCAAGCUACUACACAUCCAUCUGUGCUUUUGUCGACUGCGAAUCAGGCCUCGAAUACGGCACAGUCAUGCACGCUUUGUGCGCUGCUGUGCGGCAACAGCUCGAUGCGUACGAAGAGCUCGUGACAGAGAUGGAGGAGCGCUUACUGAGCUCGCCAGAUUUCACGCUGCAGCAAAUGUGGCUCACCAUGCAUCCGAUGCUGCGCACGUUGGGGCUGAUUCACUCUGUCACAUCGGACAUCGCCAGUAUUACGCAUGCCGACGUUCUGCCCCGGGACGAUGAGCCAGACGAGGACGAGGAGGACGAAUCCUCGGAGGCAGGCUACGAUAGCGACGCAUCACAACUAGAACGCGAUCGUCGCGCUUUGCUAGGCCUCGAUGACGGACUUGAGCAGGGUAUCGUAGGCGGCAUCGUCAAGGGCGGAGAAGUGCUUUCCAAGCUCUGGGAUCGCCUCACGCAACUGGGCGGCGACCCCGUGGCGCAUACAUUGUUUUUGGCUCUGUUCCGUGAAGCAUCACAGCCCUACGCUCGCACACUUUUGCGUUGGAUCACGUCAGGCGUGCUCCUCGAUCCGUAUGAAGAGUUUAUGGUCGUGGAAGAUGCACGUGUCACACGCGCGAGCCUCGAAUCCAAUCCGACCGAUGAGUACUGGGAAUGCCGAUACAUGCUCCGUGAUGAGCGCUUUUAUGCACAGCAAGAACAACGGGCACGCGAUGGCGAUCCCGGAGCAGACGAUGUGGACGAAGCGCGAGGCGAACUGACCGGUGGCGCCAAGAUCCCCGCCUUUCUGGAACCUUGGAAGCACAAAAUCCUGCUGGCCGGCAAGUACCUCAAUGCCAUACGCGAAUGCGGUAUUGAUGUCUCCAACGCACAGUCCGAACGCGUUCAAACACUGUUUGGGACCCAGGACGCACACGUCGAGGCGUACCUGGCCCUGGACGCCAAGUUGGAGCGCGUCGUCAUGGACGACGAGGCGUUCUCCGUGUGUAUCGAACGUGCCUACCAACGCGCCAACGCGGCGCUAUUGCGUUUGCUCAAGUGGGACAAGGACAUUAUCGGCCGCUUAUGUGCGCUCAAACACUACUUUUUCUUCUCUCAGUCGGAUUUCCUGCACACGUUUCUCGAUCAGUCCGAGCACGAACUUCGCAAAAUUGUGGAUCCACAACGCAUUCGCGAAACGACACUGCUGCGACUCCAGACACAACUCGACACGGCGCUCGGCAGCUCUGACAGCGUAGGUUUCAUGGAUCCAUACCGGGAAGACUUGCGCGUGGACUUGGCCAAAGAGCGUGCCUACGAUCAGCUGCAGCGUAUCGCCGAUACCAAAGGCGUCGUCGAGAUCGCCAAAUUGCGGGCGAAGCAGCAGGCAGAACGACAACAGCAAGGCACACGGGAAGUGGCCAUGUACCUGCUUCAAUUCGACGUGCACGUCCAAUUUCCAGUAUCGCUCGUCAUCUCCAAGAAAAACAUCCUCCGCUGGCAGUUUAUUCAUCGCUGUCUCCUCCUGUUCAAACUCUUGGAGCGUGCACUGACAGACGUAUGGGUAGAUCAGACCAUGUCAUGGAGGCGGCGGCGUGACAAGCGACCCCAUGCAGCACCGAUGGAGCGGUGGAAAAUGCGGGUACAUCUCUUGCGGCAGCGCAUGUUGCUGCUUGUACAGCAGCUCCUCGCCUUUUACACGAUCGAGAUCAUCGAGCCGAACUGGCACGAACUUGAGCGCAAGCUGCACGAGGCACAGUCGGUGGACGAAUUCAUGAAGCACCACUUUGACUUUUUAAACACGUGCCGAAAAGAGUGCAUGCUGACGGACUAUCGAUACCUGGAAUGCCACAGAAAGCUCAUGAAUACGAUCACCGCCUUCACAGAAAGCAAGCUGCGCUUCGCCGAGCAAUGCGAGGCCAUGCAACAGGCUGUGGAUGCUUGGUACGAACGAGGCGACGAGACCGCAUCGCCGCCUGCCCUGGUCGACGAAGGCGAUAUCCUCACCAAGAUUGAAGCGAGCUGGAACAAGCACUCGCGGACAUUUCGUGACGUCGUCAAUCUGCUUUCCACGACAGACAAUCCAGCCGCACUGCCCCUCGCAUAUCGCUUACAGACCACACUCCGAUAG